AUGUACCGAAAAAUGCUGAAGUGUUCAAUAAGGAAUAUCAUUUCCAACCCCGUAAAAUUUUAUCACACUAAGUCCGAUUGCCAUGUGACAGUACCCCAUGGUAAGAUGAGAGGUAAAGUGUGCAGUACUCCGUGCGGUAAACAGUACUAUAGCUUCGAGGGGAUACCCUACGCUAAGCCACCUUUGGGACCCCUCAGAUUUAGGGAUCCUCAGAAAUUUGAUUACUGGUGUGGAGUACUUGACGCGACGAAACCUGGAAAUAAACCCGUGCAAAUAAAUCCCUAUAACCAAUCUAUAGAAGGUUCAGAAGACUGCUUAUAUUUAAAUGUGUACACUCCAAUAUUGCCCGAUAAACAAAAACAAAGUCUGCCAGUACUAUUUUUCUCAUAUGGCGGAAUAGGAGAAAGUGCAGGCGCAGUUAUAACUACAUUAUUAUUGAUUUCAAAGAUGACUCAAGGUAUAUUUAAAAGAAUAAUUGGUUUAUCAACUGUUUUAUCUGAUGAAAUGAUAGGCUAUAAUCACCUGGAAAAAGCAAAAGAUAUUGCUUCAAAUUUAGGAAAUAACAUUAAUAGCUCUGAGGAAAUAGAUAAUUUGCUUCGGAACUGUUCUCCUGAAGAUUUGACUAAGGCUUUAAUGAAAUCAGUUUCUCGUGCAAAUGAAAAUCGCAUACACAGCUUUAUACGGCCAGCAGUUGAAAAUGAAUACGAUAAUGUCGAACCAUUCCUGGAUGAUUAUCCGCUACAGUCGUUAAGAACUAAUAAUUAUUCUAAAGUUCCAGCUCUUAUGAGUGUGGCAACCCACGAAUCGGCAUACCUUAUAACUCCCCCAUCCGGACAAUUUAAAUUUAACAAUGAUAUAUUGAAAUUCGUACCGAGUCCUGCAUUAGAAGAUAAGGAUGCUGUGCAAUUAAUGGAUAUGGAGAAACAACUAAAAGAAUUGUACUUUAAAGAUAAAGAAAUCGGUCCUUCAACACUAGUCGAAUACUUAGAUCUAGUUUCAGAUAUCGAUAUAUUACAAUUUCUAUUUUACACAGAGAAGAGAAGAAACACUUUUAAUGAACAAGAUAUGAAACUUGUUGAUAUGUUGACUGAGGCGUUGUGUAACUUCGCAAAAAACGGAAAACCAACGUGGACGGGACAGGAAAUAUCGUGGCCAAACUAUAAAACAGAUGAAAGAAUAUGUUUAAAUAUUGAUGACAGAAUAAGCUGUGUCCCAUUACCCGAAUAUGAUAGAUAUACAAAUCUAAUUAAUAUACUUAAACAGAAGCCGAAGAUACGACAACAAUAA